CCUCUCAAAAACGCGGGCCGCAGCUCUGCCAGGUGAGAGCAAAGUUUCGCGAUCUGACGCAUAGAUCCAGCACUGGACGUUAAGCACAGCAGCGCUGCGAAGCAGUGCGCCUUCACGCCGUCGCCGAGCCAGUGACUAGGUCACUGCCAGAGGCACAGGAGUCUUACUCGCGCGCAGCAGUCAUGGCCGAGGACACCGACGUGACCAUGGCCGACGCGCCGCCGCCGGCACCCCAAGACGAGGAACUCGUCCUGCCGAUGGUCGACGAGAAGCUCUUGGAGGACGUCAAGUCCAUGGGCUUCCCCGAGCUCCGCGCGAGAAAGGCCUUGAUGGCCGGCAGCAAGAACGUGGAAAGCGCCCUGGACUGGUUACUGUCCCAUGAGAACGACGGGGACAUCGACGAGCCCAUCAAGAAGGUGCCAAAAGGGCAAACACUCGCGUCGAGCGGCCCGGUCCAAGUCGCGAAAUCCAUAAAAUGCGUCGAGACCGGAAGGCUGUUCCGCAACGCCAUGGAGGCCCAGGCCUACGCGGAGCGAACGGGCCGAACCCAGUUCGAGGAGACCACAGAAGUAAAAAAGCCUCUGACCGAAGAAGGAAAAAAACAGAAGGUCGCGGAGCUGAAAGCCUUGGCGGCGCAGCGUCGCGCUGAAAGGGAAGGGUUGGAAAAAGUAGAAGAUAUUGAUAGAGAGAAGAAACGUAGAGAGCAGGGCCAGGAGUCGAUCAAGACGAAGGAGCAGCUCGCCAAGGCUCAAAGAUUAAGGGAGAUCGACCGCAUCAAGCGGGAGAAAGCUGCCGAGAAGAAGGAGCGGGAGCGGUUGCGGGCGGAGAUCGCCAAAGAUAAAGCGGAGAGAAGGGCGCGCGGCGGUCGGCUCGCGGGCAAGUUGGGCGUCGACGGCUACAAUCCUUCCAUAGAUCAGAACGACGACCGGCGGAACGACGCCUGUCCUACGACUGAUGAGCCUGCUCCUGCUCCUGCACCACCGAAGAAAAUAGAUCUGCCUCCUCCAGAACAAGUCGACAAGGCUAUCGGUACAAUUCAAAAGUACAAGACGGCCGGCGACGGCGGCACGUGUUUGAAGACGCUAGGGGCGUAUUUACGGAACGCAAUCAACAAAGGAGACCAGGACGAAAAAUAUAGAAAGAUACCGUUGGACAAUGCGGCGUUCAAGAAACGUGUCUCUGGUUUAGUUGGUGGGAUUGCUUUACUGAAAGCCGUGGGCUUCGUCAAGGACGAGACGCACCUUGAGUUAACUUUAGCUGUGCGGGACUCCAAUAAGGCGUUGCUCGAGGAGACGCUGGCCAAGCUCGAGAAGGCGCACGCGGCGUACGUCGCGGGGGCGUGCUAGUCUACUAUUAUAGGGGGAGGGUUUCUUAAGCGUAUGUAUCUA